CAUAAGAAAGAUGGGCACCAAGUACACGCCGAAAAUAAUCUCUUAUGCUCAAGCAUUAGCAAAGAAGCCGAUGGCAGAUCUGCUUGCCACUUAUAAAGAUGGUGAUCAAAGCUUGUGUGCCUUGCUUUUACUGGUGCAAGUAUUUCCACCCAACAAUUCACAAAACAAGCGAAAGGCUAUGAAGGGCGAGGUGGUUUCGAAUGAAACAUGCAGCAGAGCAGAUGCGGAUAGCUAUCUCAUCCAGUUCUUCCCAGUUGGCAGCGACAUAGACGUAUUGGCCAAGCAGAUUGAUGCAACCAAGUACACACAGCCAAUCAUAAUUGGCAUUGGACCAAGAAUUAGACCGGUCCAGUACUUCAUAGUGGUUGACUUCCAGCCAAUUCAAGCGGGGUCAACCAUUAUUGAAGCAUUUGACAUGCUUUUUAAAGUGCAUUACGUCUUUGACGUUCAUUUCGCGCCCCAACUUGAUAACUUCUAUGGUCUUUUUCAGACAGUUACCUAUGCUGUGGUGGCAAAACCAAUGAAGCCACAGCUGCUUUCGGCAGUUAGUGCCAUUGGUCUCCAGUAGACCCAUAUCUAUUUACAGUUGUGCUCAUGAGUAUUCAUAUCCCUGUUUAUUUUACCUUAUUCCUAUGGUGAGCCGAUUUCGGCUUUCACUACAUGGCAUAUCAUCUAACAGUGUUUAUAUCUCGAAUUUACCAAAAGCUUUUCGAAGUAUUUCAAAUUAUCGUGAAAAUAUCAAAAUAUCAAAUAUCAUGAAAAUCCUACUUUUUAAAAACUCAAUGAUAUUUGUGAAAAAUUGCUGGGCACUGAAAGUAUGUGUCUCCUUAGAUGGAUAUUGAAGGAUGUUUUUAUAAAUCUUGCCUCAUCUUGCCUCAUGAUAUUUGACCCUCAGUGAGCAUAUCGACCCUUAAUAAAACACGAAUAAAGCUCUUAUUUGUGGAUUUUUUUGGGUGAAAAUGACAUGAUCUGCUUUUGAAAUUGAAAUCAGUCCAAAAUGGAUUGGACUGAUUUCAAUCUUCUUCCUGGCUGUAUUAUACAAUGUGCAUUAUCAGGAUUAUACAGGAUAUAAUCUAAUGAAAUUAAGAAUAAUCCGAAGAUCUAGUAUUGUCAAAUCGUAUUUUUUGUAAAUUGAAUACCAGAGGAUGAUCAUAGGCCGCAUUGUUAUACAACGGAUUGCAUUGAAAAUUGAUAUUUAUUGUUCAGCAAUUUCAAGCGCCUGGGGAAUCUGAUGACGGUUUACGAUUUGGUCUUAGUCUCGGACAAUACAUGUAUAUAUAAAUGAUGUUAGGCAAAUUUCUGUAGUACAUUGCAGGUUUUGUGUUAUGAAUUCUGGUGUUGUUCAAUUUGA